AUGUCACUAGACGACAGAGGUAUCGCCCCGGACCAGUUCAUCGAGCUCAAGUGUGGUGCUGAAAACCUUUCUCCCUACUCCAGCCCGACGGGCUACGCCGAGAAUUCGUCCUAUUACCCCUCGGAAUACGACUGGCAACAGCAGGCCGCUGGUCACCACACCGCGCUGCCCCAUCACCAGCAGCAGAUCCUCACCGACAGACAUUACUACGGCCACUACCCCGAGAGCGUCGAUCUGGGCGGGCAGCCCUACGCCGACUACGGCCACCAAACGGUGCCCCACGCGGACUUUUACCCAACGCCCCACGCCCUGUGGCCGACCGCGAAUUCUUCUGACCCCAUCGUCCCCAGCCAGCACCACCGGUUCUUCUCCGGCAUAGAUCUCAGCCAGCAGGGCGGCUUCCAGCAGCCGAGUCCUCCGAGCGGCUCCAGCGGGAAGCCGAAACGGAAAAGGGUUCAGUCCCACACGCAGCGAAAGGCGGCGAAUGUGAGGGAGAGGAAGCGAAUGUUUCAUCUGAACGAGGCCUUCGACGAGCUGAGAAAACGACUUCCGGCGUUCAACUACGAGAAGCGCCUGUCCCGCAUCGAAACCCUCCGCCUCGCCAUGACCUACAUUUCAUUCAUGAAGGAGGUCAGCAUCGGGCGCGACCCCAAAUCUGUCAAGCUCAAGCCCCACGGAGCGGAGCUCUCGCCCCUCGGACACGGCGGCGGCCUGCUGGACUCUCACGCAUCGUACAGCGGCAGCGACCUGAACGAAGACAGCAACGUCCAGGAUGAUAGUGACUGCAGCAAUGACGAACUCAGCAAUCACAGCGGCGGCAACUAA